AUGGAAGAAGCUGGAAUUAGUGGGCUAGAGCUGAAAGCAGAUAUGUUGUCUAACUCUCAAUCAAAUGAUAUCCAUCAACAGCAGUACUCAAAUUGUAGUGGCACAAGUAACAAGCAUUCAUUGGAAGAUGAUGAAGGCAGUGACUUUAUAACAAAGAACAGGAAUUUGUUGAGCCCAGCAUACUGCACACAAGAAUCAAAAGAGGAAAUUCCUGAGCGAGAAGCCCAAACAGAUCCCCUUCAUGGUAACCAAGAUUCAGAGUCCAACAGGAACAGAGAAUAAAUCUUAGGGAAUAAUCUCCCCUCAGUAGUUACAUGAAAAGAAGUUCUAUUAUUGAUGCAAGCCCUAAACACUCUUUCAACUCCAGAGGAGAAGCUGGCAGCUCUUUGUAAGAAGUAUGCUGAUCUUCUGGAGGACAGCAAGAAUGUUCAGAAGCAAACGAGGAUUCUGCAGAAGAAGCAAGCCCAGAUUGUGAAAGAGAAAGUUCUCUUGCAGAAUGAACACAGCAAGGCUAUUUUGGCAAGAAGCAAACUAGAAUCUAUUUGCAGGGAGCUUCAGCAUCUCAAUAAGACAUUAAAGGAAGAAAACAUGCAACAGUCACGGAAGGAGGAAGAAACUCAUAAAGAAGCAACUGCACAUUUCCAAAUUACUUUAAAUGAAAUUCAAGCACAGCUGGAACAACAUGACAUACACAAUACCAAACUCCGACAAGAAAACAUCGAACUGGGAGAGAAACUGAAGAAGCUCAUUGAACAGUAUGCACUGAGAGAGGAGCAUAUUGAUAAAGUGUUCAAACACAAGAAACUGCAGCAACAGCUUGUGGAUGCCAAGUUUCAGCAAACAACACAGCUGAUAAAAGAAGCUGAUGGAAAACAUCAGAAAGAGAGAGAGUUUUUAUUAAAAGAAGCAACAGAAUCAAAGCACAAAUAUGAAGAAAUGAAACAACAAGAAGUACAACUAAAACAGCAGCUUUCUCUUUAUAUGGAUAAGUUUGAAGAAUUCCAGACUACCAUGGCAAAAAGCAAUGGACUCUUUACAAGCUUCAGGCAGGAAAUGGAAAAGAUGACAAAGAAAAUUAAAAAACUGGAAAAAGAAACAAUAAUAUGGCGUACCAAAUGGAAAAAUAAUAAUAAAAUACUUCUGCAAAUGACUGAAGAGAAAACUGUUCGUGAUAAAGAGUACAAAACCUUUCAAAAAAAACUGGAACGGUUAGAGAAGCUGUGCAGGGCUCUUCAAAUGGAACGAAAUGAGCUCACUGAGAAGGUGGAAGUCUUGAAAGAGCAGGGCUCUGUAAAAGCAGCAGGUAUAGAUUUAGCAGUGCCUGUGACACAGCCCUGUGUUGCCCUGGAUUCUCAAGAGGAGCUGAAUACUUCCUGUAAAAGAGCUCCAGGAGUUCCACUAGAGGAUGAGGUCAAGGAAGUGAAUGAAACAAAAUGCCUGUCAAAAGAUCAUGUCUUCACAGGAUCUCUUCUAGGCAUUCAUUCAGUUGACUAA